AUGUCUUCAGUCUUACAAAUGCAAGAUCCAACCUUGGAACGGUCCUUUCGUGGACAUAAAGAUGUUAUUACCGGCUUGGCCUUUAAACCGUCCAUGACACAACUGGCUUCCACAUCUAUGGAUCAUUCAGUGAUGAUAUGGAACUUUAAACCACAAUUACGAGCAUUCCGCUUUGUUGGUCACAAGGCUCCAGUUACUAGUGUUGAUUUUGCAUCCACUGGACAGCUGCUUGCCUCGUCGUCUAGGGACAAAACUGUCCGACUCUGGACACCCAAUGUUAAAGGGGACGUCACUGUGUUUAAAGCACACACAUCCACUGUACGAAAUGUCCAGUUUUCAAAAGACAGUGAGCAGUUGCUAACAGCAUCAGACGACAAGACUAUCAAAUUGUGGUCGACCCAUCGGUCUCGUUUCCAAUACACUCUUGCUGGUCACCUCAACUGGGUUCGCACUGCGAGGUUUUCUCCCGAUUCUCGACUAGUUGUAUCAGGAAGUGACGAUAAGACUGUGCGUCUUUGGGAUCUUGCUAGCAAGUCAUGCGUUAAAACCUACUGGGAUCAUCUUGGCAUGGUGUCAUCUGUCGCGUUUCAUCCAUCAGGCUCUGUUAUUGCAACUGCCUCAUCGGAUCGCUCAAUUAAACUUUUUGAUAUUCGGACUCACAAACUGAUUCAGCACUAUGGCGAUGCACAUUCAGUACCAGCGUCUGGAUCGGAAGGAAAUGCUCUUACUGUAGCAGGUGGGGUCAAUAGCAUUGCGUUUGGCGGACAGAAUGGAGAAUGGCUUAUUAGUACAGGAAUGGACGGUUUAAUCAAAGUUUGGGAUGUUAAGGAAGGUCACUUGUUUUACACGCUUCAUGGACACAAAAAUGGUCCGACCACCACGGCAGUAUUCUCUCCUGCUGGAGACUACUUUGCAACAGGUGGCAGUGAUUCUCAGGUAAUGGUAUGGAAAAGUAACUUUGAUCAAAUAGACCAAUUCGAUAAGCCAGUCAAUGGAUUUUUUGACAAUUACACUGCACAAGCAUCUCGUCGGAGUAUUCAUGCUGCAAGUAGCUAUCCACAUCCACCGCAUGAGUUACACACAGAUCCAUUUGUACAAACACAGGUCGGUUCCAAACAUAGACCAAAAUCUCCAUCAAUCUCUAGUAAUGUCCCAAUUUCAAAUGGUCCAGGUGGGUUAGUUUUUAAACCACAGCAAUCCCAUCCGAUAGACAAUGCUUCUCGUGGUGGAAUGUCAACAGUGCAUCCAACAAACUACUCUCCUGAAAUUGUGGAUAUAGGCGUAUCAUCAAUAUCGAAUAUGGAGUAUACUAGUAACAAGGAGCAUACUCCUUUGCAUUCUAAUAACAAUGUUGCUCACUCCACUUCCCCUGAACAGCCAGCAACAUCUAUACUAGAAGUUCAAACUUCGUCUGACCAAAUUUCAACAACGCUUCAGCAUAUUGUUCGGCAAAUUGAUGUUUUGACUCAAACCAUGAGCAUUUUGGAGAGUCGGUUAACAAUGAGCGAAGACCGUGUCAUGGCUCUUACUAAGCAUAUAGUUGAUGCUCAGCAAGUUUCUGUACCACACAGUAUCUCCACAAAUACUCAAAAUCCUUCUGUCAGCAAUGUAGAUAUUGUUCCGGAUAAGCAAGCGUCACAAAAUGGAUCGCCAAUGUAG